UGAUACCUCCGCACUCUUUUCGAAGUGGCGAAAGAAGAUGCCGGAUAAAAUAUCAAUAUCAGUUGUUUUAUCUUGAACCAGGUUCAAAUUAGUCGGGUCAAGGCAAACUAACCAGAAAUAUGAUAUACAAAAACCACUGAUAAUAAUUGUUGAGGUUGGGUUUGAAGUCAUAGCCAUCCUCAUAACAUAACUAGUGUGUAGGCUACUGUAAGUACAGCCUGUAAAAUAGAAUUGAGACCUUUUGGUAUGAAGACAUGAACAAUUUUAAAUCACCUUGUGGGAAUUUUAAAUCCCCAGUACAGGGAAAAUGUGACAAAAAGUCAGCGUCAUCAGCAGAAAAUAUCACAGAAAAUAUAAAAGAAUUAAAAGAGAAAUUGACAGGGGUCAAUCAUCAAAUAAACUUACACAAAGCUGAAGGAUGUAGUGAAGAAGAAUUAAAACUUCACAUAGAUAAAUUACAUGAAUACAAUGAGAUUAAAGAUGUAGGACAGAUGAUAUUAGGAAGAAUAGCCAAUCUAGAAGGAGUAAGGUGCCAGGAUCUUUAUGAAAAAUAUGAUUUGGAUCUGGUAGAUUGAAAAUCUGUGUGUGACUUUGAGGAUCAAAACUGAAUGGAAAGAUUACAUUAUUACUAGAUAUUAACAUUGUAACUUACUAACAGAGCAGUAUGUUGAAUUGUAUUAAAUAUUAAUGGGUUUUUGAUGCAAAA